UGGAAAAUCUCAAUUCCUUGUCAAAAUCACACACAGGGGAGAAGCGAUAUAAUUGUAUGGAAUGUGGGAAAUGUUUCACUUUAAGAAGUUCUCUUACUACACAUCAACGAACUCACACAGGAGAGAAGCCAUAUAAAUGUGUGGAAUGUGGAAAGAGCUUCAGGGACAGUGGAGAUCUGCGUAUCCAUCAAAGGACGCACACAGGAGAGAAGCCACAUACAUGCAUGGAAUGUGGAAAGAGUUUCAGUCAGAGUGGGACUCUGCGCUCUCAUCAAAGGACCCACACAGGGGAGAAACCACAUAAAUGCUUGGAAUGUGGAAAGAGCUUCAAUCACAGUGGACAUCUGCGUUCCCAUCAAAGGACCCACACAGGGGAAAAACCACAUAAAUGCAUUGAAUGUGGAAAGAGCUUCAGUCAGAGGUAUAGUCUGCAUACCCAUCAAAGGACCCACACAGGAGAGAAACCACAUAUAUGCAUGCAAUGUGGAAAGAGCUUCAGUCAGAGUUCAAAUCUGCAUACCCAUCAAAGGACCCACACAAGGGAGAAGCCACAUAAAUGCAUGGAAUGUGGAAAGAGCUUCAGUCAGAGCGGGAAUCUGCAUACCCAUCAAAAGACCCACACAAGGGAAAAACCACAUAAAUGCAUGGAAUGUGGAAAGAGCUUCAGUCACAGUGACAGUCUGCGUGUCCAUGAAAGGACCCACACAGGAGAGAAGCCAUAUAAAUGCAUAGAAUGUGGGAAGAGCUUCAGUCACAGUGACAGCCUGCGUAUUCAUCAAAGGGCCCACACAGGAGAGAAGCCACAUAAAUGCAUAGAAUGUGGAAAGAACUUCAGUCAGAGGGGGAAUCUGCGUAUCCAUCAAAGAACCCACACAGGGGAGAAGCUACAUAAAUGCAUGGAAUGCGGAAAGAGCUUCAGUCACAAUGUAAGUCUACGUAUUCAUCAAAGGAUCCACACAGGGGAAAAACCACAUAAAUGCAUAGAAUGUGGAAAGAGCUUCAGUCAGAGGGGCAAUCUGCGUAUCCAUCAAAGAACCCACACAGGAGAGAAGCCACAUAAAUGCAUGGAAUGUGGAAAGAGCUUCAGUCGGAGUGACAGUCUGCGUAUUCAUGAAAGGGCCCACAAAGGAGAGAAGCCACAUACAUGCAUAGAAUGUGGAAAGAACUUCAGUCGGAGGGGGAAUCUGCGUAUCCAUCAAAGAACCCACACAGGGGAGAAGCCACAUAAAUGCAUUGAAUGUGGAAAGAGCUUCAGUCACAGUGACAGCCUGCGUAUUCAUCAAAGGGCCCACAUAGGAGAGAAGCCACAUAAAUGCAUAGAAUGUGGAAAGAGCUUCAGUCAGAGUGGAAAUCUGCGUAUCCAUCAAAGGACCCACACAGGUGAGAAGCCACAUAAAUGCAUGGAAUGUGGAAAUAGCUUCAGUCACAGUGUGAGUCUGCAGAGCCAUCAAAGGAGACACACAAGGGAACAUGCAUUAGACAUCAAAUAGCUCACACACAGCUAGAGGAGACCUGCCAGUAUGUUUCCAAGGGUCCCAGGUAGAGAAAAACUUGGGGCAAAGGACAGGAAAAGAAGGCUGCCAACUUGCUCUCUGUCUAUGUGCAGCAGUUUGUGUAGUCGGGCUUGACUG